AUGCCUAGGAAAGUGGGGAAUGGGCAGCUCCCCUUACCCGAUGGCUGGGAGGAGGCGAGGGAUUACGACGGCAAAGUCUUCUACAUCGAUCACAACACUAAGCAGACCAGCUGGAUCGACCCCCGGGACAGGUUGACCAAGCCUUUGUCAUUUGCGGAUUGCGUUGGGGAUGAACUGCCAUGGGGAUGGGAAGCUGCCUAUGAUCCUCAGAUUGGUGUAUACUAUAUCGAUCACAUCAACAAAACAACACAAAUAGAAGAUCCCAGGAAACAAUGGAGGCAAGAACAAGAGAGAAUGUUGAAGGAUUAUCUUAUGGUAGCCCAGGAUGCUCUCAGUGCUCAGAAAGAACUGUACCAGGUGAAAGAACAGAGGCUAGCACUUGCACUGGAUGAGUAUGUACGCUUGAAUGAUGCCUACAAGGAAAAAUCAAGCUCUCGUACAAGCUUGUUCUCAGGCUCCUCAUCAAGCACAAAGUAUGACCCUGACAUUUUGAAGGCUGAAAUCUCCACUACAAGAUUAAGGGUUAAGAAGCUGAAGAGGGAACUCUCUCAGAUGAAGCAAGAGCUGCUGUACAAGGAACAGGGCUUUGAAACACUGCAACAAAUUGACCAAAAAAUGUCUGGAGGCCAGAGUGGGUAUGAACUGUGUGAAGCCAAAGCCAUCCUGAGUGAAUUGAAGUCCAUCAGAAAGGCGAUAAGUUCAGGAGAGAGGGAAAAACAAGAUUUAAUGAAGAGUCUUGCGAAGCUGAGAGAGAAAUUCAGCCUUGACCAGACCAUUGGGACAUCCAAACCAGACCUGAAUACCAGCUCUGUAAAUUCCCAGCUGUGUUUUUCUAGACAGACUCUGGAUACAGGGUCUCAGACUGACAUUUCUGGUGAGGUUGGAGCAAGAAGUAGAUCAAAUUUAGUGGAGAAGGUCAGACUAAGUCUUCAAUAUGAAGAGGCAAAAAGAAGCAUGGCUAACUUGAAGAUUGAACUUUCUAAGCUAGAUAGUGAAGCCUGGCCUGGGGCCCUGGAUGUGGAAAAGGAAAAACUAAUGUUAAUCAAUGAAAAAGAAGAGCUUUUAAAGGAACUGCAGUUUAUUACACCACGCAAACGUACUCAAGAUGAGCUAGAGCAGCUAGAAGCAGAAAGGAAGAGGCUUGAAGAAGAGCUACUCUCUGUAAAAAACACACCCAGUCAAGCACUUGCUGAAAGAUUGAAAUUGGAGGAGAGAAGAAAGGAGUUGGUACAAAAACUUGAAGAAACUACAAAGUUAACUACUUAUUUGCAUUCACAGCUUAGGAGUCUCUCAGCUAGUACCUUAUCUGUGUCUUCAGGGAGCAGUUUGGGAUCUCUAGCAUCCAGCCGGGGGUCUCUGAACACGUCAAGCAGAGGGUCACUAAAUUCGCUCAGCUCUAUGGAUCUCUACUAUAAUCAAGGCGAUCAAGUAACAGAUUUGGACUAUCAGUACAAGCUGGACUUCAUAUUGCAAGAAAAAAGUGGUUACAUUCCUUCAGGACCAAUCACUACUAUUCAUGAAAAUGAAGUGGUUGGCUCCCAGGGGAGACUGGGUUACAGUGACUCUCCUUCAGCUGCAGACCAUCCCAAAUUGUCUGAACCUCCCAAAUCUGUGACUUCACUGUCAUCCAGAUCCUCACUGUCCUCCUUGUCCCCUCCAGGCUCUCCUUUGGUUUUAGAAGCUGCCUUUUCUGUGUCAGCUCAAAAUUCCCCUUUGCAUCACCUCACUACAGACUUUGAAGACUGUGACCUUUCAGGGGAUUUUGCAGCCAUUAGUCUCUGUGAGAACCAAAUAUUAUUGGACUCUGAAGCCAGAGCAGGAUCUCAGAUUCCUACAGACACUAAAGAUCUUAAUGAAGGCAUUAGGCAGCCCCUGCCUUCUCUGCAUGAAGGAAGUUCAGGUGUUGACUUACCAAGAAGAACAGCUAGUCACCUGCUGCAGGAGAAAAAAGCUUGUGUAUCUGCUGCUGUGUCUGAUGAGUCUGUAGCUGGAGACAGUGGCGUAUAUGAAGCUUCUCUGAAACAACCAAAUGAAUCUGAGGACCUUGUAUAUAGUGAAGAUGAUGCAAUAACUCUAGAGGCUGCCCAGGUACAAGUAGGACUCAGAUACGACCACAGCAGUUCAAGUUUUGUGAUAAUCAUAGCACAGCUCAGAAAUCUUCCAGCAUUCUCUGUCCCCCUUGGCUCUAAAGUGUACGUUCGGGUGGCAGUGCUUCCCUCCUCACCUGAUACCAGCUGUCUGUUCCGCACAAGAGUCCAUCCUGCCAUGGAAACCAUGUUAUUCAACGAGAUAUUCAGAGUAGCCAUUUCCCAAGUAACACUGUUGCAGAAGACACUGAGAGUAGAUGUUUGUGCUGUCCGUAGAAGUCGUUGGGAAGAAUGUUUGGCCGGGACUCAGAUCAGUUUGGCAGAUUUAUCAUUUUCUGAUGACACUUCUACUCUGUGGUACAACCUGUUACCCUUCAAGCAAAUUCUUGGCAAAAACCCCAAGGAGAAAAAUGAAGAAUCCAUGUUUGUAUUAAACAAGCAGUCAUUGCACUCACUGGACUUGGAUACUGUGUCAGCUUUGCUGGAGAGGACAUCUGCUGAGCUGGAAGCAGUAGAACAAGAGCUGGCAGAAGAUGAGGAGGAGGAGGAGGAGGAGGAGGAGGAACAGGAGCAAAGGGGCUCUGAGCAAGACUGGUUAGAAAUGCUCGCAGAAGCCACUGAUGACAUUGUGGAUGAAGAAGAAGAUGGCAUUAAGCUGGCAGUAGAAGGCAGCUGUACUGACGACAUGGGGUUACUCAUUGAUGCACCAGAAACAAAUGAAGACAAGGACAGGGAGAACAGUGAUGAGGCCCAUGACAGCCAUCCAGCUGCUGUAAUGCUAACACUGGUUGAUAAAGAGACUAACACCGAGGAGUCACUUAAUGAGAACACAACAGUCCGACCCAAGGACAGAGCCAGCUGGAGCUCAAGACAGUGUCCCUUUGUCAGGAACAGCAUGAUAGUGCGCUCACAAACCUUCUCCCCGGGCGAGCGGAACCAAUACAUCUGCAGGCUGAAUCGAAGUGACAGCGACAGCUCCACACUAGCCAAGAAGUCUCUCUUUGUGAGAAACGCCACAGAGCGGCGGAGCCUCAGAGUGAAGCGGCCUGUUUGCCAGCCAAUCACGCGAAGAGCUAUGCAAGAGUGCCCCAUACGCACUUCCCUUGACUUGGAGCUGGACCUCCAGGCAUCACGCACGAGACAGAAUCGCCUGAACGAUGAGAUUCAGGCCUUGCGGGACCUUAAACAAAAGCUUGAGGAAAUGAAAGGCAGAGGAGAGACAGACCUUCCCCUGUGUGUGCUGGAGGAUGAACGAUUCCAGAAACUCCUGAAACAAGCUGAAAAACAGGCUGAACUGUCAAAAGAAGAACAGAAACAAGGUUUGAGUGCCGAGAAGCUGAUGAGGAAAGCUUCUAAGGAUGUGUGCCGGUUACGGGAGCAGAGCCAGAAAGUGCCACUGCAGGUGCAGUCAUUCAGGGAGAAGAUAGCAUACUUCACAAGAGCAAAGAUCAGUAUACCAGCCCUUCCAGCUGAUGAUGUAUAA